AUGUCCAGCAACGGCGAGGAGCGGUUCCCGCAGCGGGACAGGAACUGGGAGCCGAUACGGGACUCUGGAUCACCUACACUCACGGCGAUUUCGUCGCUGCCUCUGCUCACGCUGACGCUGGCGGCGCUGGCCAAGGGCUCCGCCGACCCCGACUGCGCCAUCUGCCUCGCGGCGCUCGAACCCGACACCGACCUGCGGCUGCUCCCCACGUGCCGCCACGCCGCCUGCGUCGGCGCGUGGCUCCGCACCAACCCGUUCUGCCCGCUGUGCCGCGCCGGCAUCUCCCUCCCCGCCAACGGCGCCAGCGCCAACUCGGGGAGCUUCCGCGUCGUCGACAUCGGCAGGAUCAGCACCUCGUCCGCCGCGGGCCGUCGCGCCUACUCCCUCGGCGGAUCCUUCGACUACCGCGUCGAUGAUGUGGAGGCCGUCGUGGCGCGCGUCGCGCCUCGGGCUGGGCCGCAGGGCCCCGGCGACGCGCUGGCGGAGGCGGCCGGGUUGCGCGGGUGGCUGCGGGAGUGCGUGGAUCGGUUCUCCGGCCGGUGGUGCGCGCGGUGGAGCCGGGACGAGUCGAGGCGGUGGGACCCGGAAGCGGCGGCGGCGGCGGCCAUGCCAGAGGACCACGGCGCGGGGUUCAUGCGGUGGAUCUUCGGGACUUAG